AUGCCAUCACCUAAUCGUCCAGCCACCGACUUAGUCAAUACCGAUUUACAACGAGAAAAUCAAUAUGACCAUGGAAGUUUAGCAACAAUUAUCAUGAACAGUGAACCAUUACUGACAGCAGAACAAAAAAUUAUUUAUGAUCGGAUUAUGCUGGCUGUUGCUGCUGAACAAGGCGGUUUUUUUUUCUUGGAUGCACCCGGUGGAACCGGUAAGACAUUUUUAAUAUCGUUGAUUCUUGCCAAAAUACGGUCGCAACAAAAAAUCGCAUUAGCAGUAGCAUCGUCAGGCAUUGCGGCUACUUUACUGGAUGGUGGGCGAACAGCACAUUCAACAUUCAAGCUGCCAUUGGACGUUCAUAAUAAACCAGAUGCAAUGUGUAACAUCAAAAAGAAUAGUGGAAUAGCUGCAGUAUUGCGGAAGAGUUCUAUAAUAAUUUGGGAUGAGUGCACAAUGGCACACAAAUAUUCACUUGAAGCAUUAAACAGAACUAAGAUUUAA